AGCAAUAAAUAUAAUUCUAGUCUUUCUCAACUUCUCCACUUCCGGCUCUUCGGUAACAGGCGGCUGCGUCUGAUGACGUCACGCAGUCGCCGCCGUGUUGUAGUUUUUCUUGGACGCUGUUAGCAUCUGUGCCUACCGUGUAAACAUGGUCUGACUUGCAUCACGCAGGUGUUCGGAGAGCAGACGAUGGCGGUGUGUGCACUGACCAUGUUGGAAGGGCUGGAGAGCGAGGUGACCGCGGCGGGCGGCGUGCUGCUGGUGGUGCUGGCCCUCAUGCUGGCGUGGCUCUCCACUCACGUGGCCGACCGAGGAGAGCACUUCCUGGGGACCAUCAUGACUGUGGGCACCCACACCUCCCUCAUCGGACUGGCCGGCCACAGCAGCUACAGUGGUGGGUCCCAGCGUGCAGACGCCUCCGAGCAGCAGGCGCCGUCGUCCUCGCAGGAGGACAAGCCGGACGAGCCGGGCGCCGAGAGGGAAGGUGAAGGAGACGGGACCGGGGAGGAUCCAGAAGGAGUGAGGCCUGAUCUGUUGCUGGAUAUCCAGAGCAAACAAGCUCAGACUGAAAGGCUGUUUGAGGAGGAGGAGGAAGAGGAGGAGGAUGACGACGAUGAAGAUUUUGAUGAAGAGUCUAAAAAUAGCAAGAAGCACAUGCCACUGACGUCCAGCGAUGCUUCGACCACUUCCAUGUCCGUCCGGCUCAAGUUCUUAAAUGACACUGAGGAGACGGCGGUUGUCCAGCCGCAGGACACAGUGGAGUCACUCAAGAGUCGAUACUUCUCUGGACGGGAGCGUCAGAUCAAACUCAUCUACCAGGGUCAGCUGCUGCACGACCCCUCCAGAACUCUGGGAUCCCUGAACAUUACUCACAACAGCGUGAUCCACUGCCACAUCUCACAGGUUCUGCUGGAGAACAACGCGGACGACGGGGCUCAGUCGGGAGGCAUGGGUGGGGGAGUCCAGGCCGCGGCGGCCGGCACCAGCAGCCUGGUGGUUCCCGUGUUUGUGGUGAUUCUGGCCGUGGUUUGGUACUUCAGAAUCAAUUACCGGCAGUUCUUCACAGCGCCCGCGACCAUCUCCCUCGUGGGAGUCACCGUAUUCUUUAGCUUUCUCUUAUUUGGGAUGCACGGCCGCUGAGAGGGGCGGCGGUCGCGCUAGCACGGACUUGAUAGCAUGUAAAAAAGAUUUCUGGUCACUUUCAGUUCAGUUGAUGCAGAUAACUCCAAAAAAAGGAUCAAGUCAACUCGACAAUUGGGAUCAGAACCACAGUACCGGACCACGCCGUCCUUCUGGUGUGUAUUUGUGAGUUAACGCUUUAGACCAAUCACUGUGGCUCUGUGUGUGAAUUGUUGGCGUGUAGGAAACUUCUGGAACCUCUGAGGCCACAUUCUGCUCCUUUCUCCUCACCAUUUCAGCUGAAAGCGCUCUUCUAAACUCACCGUGUGCAUCGACUCCACCUGCCGUGACGCAGAUUAAAGAAACAAAACAAAGCUGUAGGUUCCUGCUGAUCGUGACAUUGCUCCGUGCUUGUAAAUAUCUUGUGUAUUUCGUGUAAAUAAAGACGAUAGAGGCCAACGCUCCUGAUCUGCUUCACAUUAAAGCUUCAGAAAACAAGCUGAG